UUCCCUUGGCAAAUCCCACAGGAGGAAACAAAAGGCUCCUCGGCAGCUGCUUCAGAUCCCCAGGACAGCUCGAAUCCCUCGUUGCCCCCCAGGCCGAGCUGGGCAAGGAGGUGCUGGAGAAGGAAGAGGAGGAGCCAAGCUCGGCAGCUGCUUGCUCCGGCCGGCCAGGCAGCCCCGGCCCAGAGGAAGGGGGGUGGGUGGGAAGCAGAGAUUCCGGGGAGCGGCGAGGGGGCGCCCCCACGCCUCAAUCCCAGCCCGGCCGAGAGGCGAAGGGAGACAAAGCGCGUCGGAGGGACCCGGGAGGAAAAGCAGGAAGGGGAGCUGCGGAGGCAAAGGGAUCCAGGGGCUUCCUGGGGGAGGGAGGGAGGGAGGGGGCGGAAGGACCCCUCCCCUGGAUGACAGCCCUCGGGGCCGGUGAGGAACUCGGUCCCGGGACUGCCAAGGCAGCAAACGCCCAAGGCGCGGCAGAGCCCCCCACCCCCAGCGGCUGGCCUGCCUUAAGAACCCGGCACAGCGGAGACACUGGUCAGCCUAGAACUCACGGACAGCCUAGAGCCCGGCCACGAUCCCCAGCCAAGGAAGCCGGAAGCGAAGCCCGAGACUCCCUGUAGGGACAUGGGGAUUUGGGAAACCGAGGAUCCCGGACCACGAGGGGGCUGAGGAACGGGUGGGAGCCGAACGGUCCCAUUCAUCCGGUGCUGGAGAUCUGGCAGGGAGGAAUUCCGAAAAGCCAACGAGGUUGGACCUUGCUGCGAAGGACCACAGCCGGAAACUGGUGCAGGGAGGACCUCAAAGGCGGCGGGGCAGGAAAGCGCGGCUCCAGCACCCCCUCCCCCCCGAGGGCGACCCCUGCCUGGGAUGGAGCCCAGGCGGCCGGAGGGGUGAAGAGAUCUCAUGCAGCAGGAGAGGCGGAGGGGCUGCACUGAACAGCGUCGCCCUCCUUGCAAGGACCUGGGACCGGAGCUCCCGAAGGGCAAGUGGCUAAAAGCCCAGGGCAUGGCCCCCCGGAGCUGCGAAGGACCAAGUGGGCGUCUCCGCCAGCAGAAGAGCCAUCGCAGCGCGACGAGGGAGAGAACCCGGGCAGGCUGAGUCCCCGAGCCGACAGGGGGGCAACAGCGGCCCUCCCUGCAGAAGCCUUAUUAGCACGGGGGGUGGGGAGCGAAAAGAAAAAGGCUCCCUGCUGCCCUCGCCUCUGAUGCCCCCUCCGGCCAUCGGCCACUUUCGCCGCGGCAGCAGCGCCGGGAGGCGGACGAGCAGCCCCUGCCCCCCUCCCAUGGCACCCGGAGGAGCUGCCAGCGGCGGUGGGGCCCCGGGGCCACGAUCCGCCGAGGAGGCGAGCCUGAGCCCGCGGCACGGAGGCACUCAGCGGGGCGGCGGGGCUAUGGAGGGCGGCGGCGGCGGCGGCUGCGCUGGGCGGCCCUGAGCGACUGAGCGGAAGGGCCUGCAAAGCCGUCUACCAUGGAAAAGCUGCUGCUGGUCCAGCUGCUAAUGGUGGGGAGCACGCUGGCUCAGAUCGAGGCCUGCCCCUUCCACUGUGUGUGCCAAAACCUCUCCGAGUCACUCAGCACACUUUGUGCCAACAAGGGCUUGCUCUUCAUCCCGCCCCACAUCGACCGGCGGACGGUGGAGCUGCGUCUGGCUGACAACUUCAUCCGGGUGGUGGAGGCGCCGGACUUUCUGAACAUGUCUGGCCUGGUAGACCUGACCCUGUCUCGGAACACCAUCGACACCAUCCGCCCCUUUGCCUUCGGGGACUUGGAAAGUCUUCGCUCGCUCCACCUGGAUGGCAACCGGUUGAUUGAGAUCGGUGAAGAGGCCUUGCGAGGAAUGUUGAACCUCCAGCAUCUCAUCCUCAACAACAACCAGCUGGUGGACAUCUCGGUGGUUGCCUUUGAUGACUUCUUGUUGACCCUCGAGGACCUGGAUUUGUCCUACAAUAACCUGCAGACUGUCCCCUGGGAAGGAAUACAGGGGAUGCUCUUCCUUCACACGCUCAAUUUGGAUCACAACCUUAUUGACUUCGUCAUGGAAGGCACUUUUGCUGAGCUGUACAAACUGUCCCGGUUGGAUAUGACCUCCAAUCGUCUUUACACGCUGCCUCCUGACCCACUCUUUGCCCGCUCUCAAGUUGGGGUGAUCAGUCCGACUCCUUACACCUCUACCAUUGUGCUAAGCUUUGGCGGGAAUCCCUUGCAUUGCAAUUGUGAGUUGCUGUGGUUGCGGCGCUUGGCUCGGGAGGACGAUAUGGAGACCUGCGCCUCCCCUCCGCAGGUAGCUGGCCGGUAUUUUUGGUCCGUGCCUGAGGAAGAGUUCACCUGUGAGCCUCCGCUCAUCACCCGCCACACCCACAAGCUCUGGAUCUUGGAAGGCCAAAGAGCCACCCUGAGGUGCCGGGCUAUCGGAGACCCAGAACCGGUCAUCCAUUGGGUCUCCCCUGAUGACAAGAUCAUCUCUAACUCCUCCAGGACUGUGUCAUUCCGCAAUGGAACUCUGGACAUCCUGGUGACUACCAUUCGGGAUGAUGGGGCCUAUACUUGCAUUGCAAUCAAUGCAGCCGGGGAGUCCACGGCCGUUGUGGACCUCAAAAUCAUCCCCUUACCCCACCGGGGGAACGGCAGCAUCACGGUGCUGCAACAGGACCCCGGCUCUUCCGACAUUGCCACCUCGGCCAAGACGUCGGCCAAUGCCACUGAAGGGGGUCCCGAGAGGAGAGUGGAGGUAUCCGAUGUUACAGCCUCCUCAGCACUGGUGCGCUGGGUGGCUGACAAGUCGGCCUAUGCGGCAUGGAUGUAUCAGAUCCAGUACAACAGCACUGUGGACGACGCACUCAUUUACAGGAUUAUCCCUGCCAGCAGCCGCCAGUUUGUCCUGAAGCACCUCGUGCCCAGUGUGGAUUAUGAUCUGUGCGUCUUGGCCAUCUUCGACGACGUGGCCACAUCCCUGGCGGCCACGCACUUGCUGGGCUGCACUCAGUUCACCACAGGGGAGGCCUAUCCGGACUGCCACUCUCUACACGCCCACUUCCUGGGUGGGACCCUGACAGUGAUUGUGGGAGGCAUCAUUGUGGUCACCCUGCUGGUUUUCACAGUGGUCAUGAUGGUGAGGUACAAGGUCUGUGGCAGCGCCCACGGGAGCUUGCCAAAGGUCACCAAUGUCUACUCGCAGACCAAUGGCGGGCACCCCAAUGGCCUGCUCCCCCAGCGGACGCCCCCAAAGGAACGGGGCCCAAAGCACCGGCGCGUACGAGUCAAGACUGCUCGGUCCGAAGGGCCAGAGCACAGGACAGGGAACGGGAUGGGGGGAGCAGCCUGGAGCUCAUCUCUCCCCGCCAAGACCAAGCGCAGCAGCUCCCUGGACAUGGGCGACAUCUCGGCCAAUGCCUGUUACAGCUACGCCAAGCGGCUCAGUUUCAUGUGGACCAAACGCAGCCAAUCGGUGCACGGGAUGCUUGUGCAGUGCGCAGCAGCCCCCGAGGGGGAUGCCAAAAGACUCGGGCCCUUCUUAAACACAGACGAACUGGAAGAAAGCGUGGUAUAGCCCGCAGCGUGGCUCCCCGGAAUAGAGGGAAGGGGGAACCAGCCAUCCAACCCGUGGAGCUGGAAGGGUGCGCCAGAUUGCAACCCAUGUUUGGAUCAGCUAAGGAUGAGCAAAGGUGCUGGGAAGGGUGAGGGGGAAAAGAUUCCUUCUAACAGAUACAGCAGAGGUGGGGGGACUUCUGACGGGAUGCACUGGAUGUACCAUGGAGUCUCAUCUGACCUAGCAGUGUUGCCUGUGGAUGUGGGCUAAGGCGUGAUGCGAUUGAAGCACCCGUGCCAAUUGGGAUAAAACCUACACAGGCCAGACUGUGUGCCGGACAUUCUCCUAAGGAGGGAAUAUGCACUCAGGAGUGACGGAAGGAGAGCUGCUCUGAUUGGACAAUCAGGAACGUAUUUUGUUCUGCUCAGCUGCCAAGGCUGGGAGCCGUCCUGUUCCCGUAGCGGUGGUCCUUGGGACUGGUGAGCAGGGAUAUGUCUUCAGAAAGACCAACGGCAAAGUUGCGGACACUGAAAUUGAUUGUUGUCGAGGGAAAGGGGUGUGUCUUUUUUAAUUUUAAUCUUUUGCCAAAAAAAGAGAGGAAAGAAUACUAAUAAAAUAACCCCGAAUUGUCAACGUUUUGACAAAUGGGAUGGGAAAGCAGGUACUGUGGACAGAGCUGUGUAUAAUCUGUGCUAAAAAUCGGGCUGGAAGAGUGGGGCGGGUGGUGGGGGGUGGGGAGAGGCAAAUCAGAAUUCUACGUUGGGGUAACCCAAAUUCUGUACCAAGGAAUUCCACUGUCUGCAUAAACUGUGCACAUUUGCAUACA